CUUAUAGUUCCUUCAGAAUGGGCAGUCUUCCCUCAGAUGCGUCUGGACAGCAGCAGCAUCGGGUCAUGGAGAUGCGUACCUAGCUGCACAAACUCAUGUAUGCGGGGGUAGAAGCUGCAGUUUCGGCGGAGAACACUCGCUUGGAACUGCCGUCCUCGGGAGCACCGACCCGGACCAUCAGCUCCGCCAGAACCCGCAGGGGGCCGUGAGAGCACCGGGUCAGCGUGGGCUUCGCGAGCACCGCAGAUAAAAUGAAUAUCCAGGUUCUGCCAGAACACAAGCUCUCGUCGGUGGCCCCGCUGAAACAGUGCAAUGUGGAGAAAAAGGAGGUAGAACUGAUACUGUUGAAGGACCAGAAUGGCGUCCAGUACACCAGCUCCUCCAUCAUUCCCACCCCUGGCCACCCCGCAGGUCCUCCCGGAUGCAUCAAGGACGAUCGAGAAACUUGGGGAAAGAAAAUGGACUUUCUCCUGUCGGUUAUUGGCUUCGCAGUAGACCUGGCCAAUGUUUGGAGAUUCCCUUACUUGUGCUACAAAAAUGGAGGAGGUGCCUUUUUGAUCCCGUACAUUCUUUUCUUGGUCAUUGCGGGGAUGCCAUUGUUCUACAUGGAGCUUGCCUUGGGCCAGUACAACAGGCAAGGGGCAGCUACAGUUUGGAAAAUUUGCCCCAUCUUUAAAGGUGUGGGCUACAGUGUGAUCAUCAUAGCCCUGUAUGUCGGCUUCUACUACAACGUCAUCAUUGCCUGGUCCCUCUACUACCUGUUCUCUUCCAUGACCAAUGAGCUGCCGUGGCUCAAAUGUGACAAUGUUUGGAACAGUCAGAACUGUACCUACCCUAAAGCCCUCAACGGAUCCAUCAUCGGCAAUGGAACGUCUUACGCCAAGUACAAGAUCACCCCGGCAGCAGAGUACUAUGAACGGGGUGUGCUGCAUCUCCAUCAGAGUACGGGUAUCAAUGACCUGGGCCUGCCUCGCUGGGAGCUGACCUUGUGUCUCCUCGUGGUGGUCUUCAUCCUCUACUUCAGCCUGUGGAAAGGUGUCAAGUCCUCAGGGAAGGUGGUGUACAUCACAGCUACCAUGCCCUAUGUAGUCCUUUUUGUUUUGCUGAUCCGAGGCAUAACUCUACCAGGAUCCAUGGACGGCAUCAGGGCCUACCUCCACGUUGACUUCAAGCGGCUCAACAAUCUGGAGGUGUGGAUUGACGCUGCCACCCAGAUAUUCUACUCCCUGGGAGCAGGAUUUGGGGUGCUCAUUGCUUUUGCCAGUUAUAACAAAUUUGACAACAAUUGCUACAGGGAUGCUCUCUUGACAAGCACUGUGAACUGCAUCACCAGUUUCUUCUCAGGGUUUGCCAUCUUCUCUGUGCUUGGAUACAUGGCUCACAAACAUGGGGUAAAAAUAGAAGAUGUGGCAACAGAGGGGGCAGGAUUGGUGUUCAUCAUCUACCCCGAGGCAAUUUCUACACUGCCUGGCUCAACGUUUUGGGCUAUCGUGUUCUUCAUCAUGUUGCUGACUCUGGGCAUUGACAGCGCGAUGGGUGGCAUGGAGGCAGUCAUCACAGGCCUGUCGGAUGAUUUUAAGUUCCUCAAGAGAAACAGGAAGGUCUUUACCUUCGCCACAGCCUUUGGAACCUUCCUGAUUGCCCUCUUCUGCGUUACCAAUGGAGGGAUCUAUGUGCUGACCCUGUUGGAUAAGUAUGCCGCAGGGACUUCUAUUCUAUUUGCUGUGUUGAUCGAGGCCAUUGGAGUCUCAUGGUUUUAUGGUGUGGACCGUUUCAGCGAAGAUAUCGAGCGAAUGAUGGGCUUCAAGCCAGGACUCUACUGGAGGCUGUGCUGGAAAUUUGUCAGCCCAGCUUUUCUGCUGUUUGUUGUAAUAGCCAGUGCAGUGACAUCGUCAGGCCUGAAGUAUGAUGACUACGUCUUCCCUAACUGGGCUAACAUAGUUGGCUGGGGUGUGGCCAUGUCCUCCAUGAUGUUUGUCCCCUGCUAUGCCAUAUAUAAAUUCUGCAGCGUACAAGGAACAUUCAAACAGAGGAUAGCCUAUUGCAUCACUCCAGAACAUGAACAUCAUUUGGUGGCAGAGGGGAAUAUAAGGCAGUUCACACUCAAGCAUUGGUUGGCCAUUUGAUGACAUCACCCACAAUUCCCUCAUCCAUCCUCACGUCUGGUGUUUGGAGUUCCUGCAGUGUGCCACCAGUGGUCAAAACAGACAAGUAGAACAACAGACUCAAACCUCGAUCAGCAGUCUCUCCCUGUCCAUUUACUUCCCAAGGCCUUUGUUAACAGUAGCUUUAAGCACUUUGGUUUCAAAAUAAUAGCGGGCAUAACUCCGAAUCAUUCAACAGCUUCAGCUCAUAAGGGAGGGACACCUCAUGGGGGACAAUGUGCGUACUGUUAUUUGCCCACGGGCAGUGUUUUUUUUUUUUAUAUACUAUUUGAAUUAAUCAUAACUGUAGUUGUGAUUUUGUUUGAGGUGUGAUUAUUACCUCCUGGAAGGAACAGAAACUGAAAUGAACACCAAAACAAUCCCAUUACACUGUGUACCAUUAUACAGGGAACCCAAAUAUUUCCAUUUUUAACCUUUUUUUUAAGCUUAUUAUUUAUCAUUACAUUAAUAUUGGAAGAGUCUCUGUUCUCGCCGUUCUGUUGUCAGUGCCUUAUCAAGCGAGACACUCCAUGUUUAUUAUACUCCGUACAGGAAGAAAUUAAACUGUGUUGACUCAGGAACCCACCAAAUCAAGCCACAGUUUGUUGAUGGCAAUCUCUCAAUUUCACUUAGUCCUUUGAUACUUAAGUCAAACAGCUGGAGGUCAACAGUGCGUCAAGGUCAAGCUCCUUAGCGAGGGUUAUAUUACAUGUAGGUCUUAUAUAAUGCGUUCAUGUCACAUUCCGUUACAAAAAAGGGAAUAAUGCAUGCGUCACUCCAAAGCUUUAAAAGAACGGAGGCAGACUUCAUUCACCUCUUAUGCUUUGAAAGGCCGGACUCCCAACAAUGCCUUAAUCCUAAAGAAAGACUGAGGCUGAACCUGGUCAGUGCCUGGCUGCUUACUGAAGGUGAAAAAAACACAAAUGGCGUAACUGUUACUUUUUUAUUAUUGUUGUUGCGUGGCUUUUACUUUACAGAUGUGUCUGUUCAGUGCUUCUGAGGAGUAUAAGACUCCAAAGAGACCGAAAGAGAGAGUUAGUGUGUCUGUAUGUGUAUUGGGAUUUUGUUGCCAAUCAUACAGUAUGCCGUUGGUGCACAGUACAUGGAGGGGUGACCACCGUCAAAUGCCUCCUUCACUGCACAUUAUCUUAAGUGCAUGAUAACUGGUCUUAUAUAUUUAUUUGAAACAUAUCUUGUGAUGUUUUCAUCACCUUAGAAGUGCCAAUAUGUUACUUUAGGAAUGUUUUUGAUUACCUUAUUCAGUUUCUCUUUAUACCUUAGCUGAGGAGGUUAUGUUUUCAGUUGGGUUUGUUGAUUUGUCAGCAGGAUUACGGAAAACUACUGGCACAAUUUUCAUGAAACUAGUGGAAAAGGUGAAACAUGGGCCAUGGAAGAACUCAUUCAAUUUUGACGCAGAUUGCCCUUGGCCGAGAUCUGUGCUCUCCAAGUGCACUUCUAGUUUAUUUAUUGGAAUUCAGUUGAAAUUUAAACGUAAAUUAUAACAGACCCCUUUCUGCAAGGAAUAAAGCUACAAAGAAAAAAACUAUGUGGAAUAUAUAAGACAAUAUAAAAAUAUAAAAAAUAUAUUCUUUUGUUAUGUAUAAUCUUGUAUUCAUCAAAUUGUUUAUAACAAAACGUGAAUGUAAAGUAUUUUAAGCGUAACUGUCCACUGUAAUAAAAUGAUGUUUGAUGUAUAGCUAAGAUGAACUAUAUAGAAAAACUAUUCUUCAGUGUGACCCUGGGCUACUUUGUUACAUGAAUGGGAACAAAUACACCCUGGCUUUCCUGAACUAUGUUUACAAAAAUAAUGUGUCCAAUACCAAUGUCAUGUUGAACGUGAGUGACAACCAUCUAUGAAGAAGUCUGAAGUAUUCACAAUAUGAUAAUAAAGAAUUUCAUCUAC